CCUAAAAAGAUCACUUGGACUGAAAGGGCCGAGAAAGCCGAGGGCCGAGAAAGCCUUCCGAGAUCUUAAGGAAGCUUUUACUACGGCGCCCAUUCUGAAGCAUCCCGACCCCACACAACCUUUCAUAGUAGAGGUGGAUGCUUCAGAAACAGGAGUUGGAGCUGUAUUAUCUCAGCGGAAUGGAUCUCCUCUCAAAUUGCACCCCGUAGCAUUUUUUUCUCACAAGCUAUCACCUACAGAGAGGAACUAUGGAAUCGGUGACCGAGAACUACUGGCAGUAAAGCUAGCACUGGAGGAAUGGCGCCAUUGGUUGGAAGGUGCCAAUCAUCCUUUCACCGUUCUGACAGACCAUAAGAAUUUGGAAUAUCUUCGCACAGCCAAAAGACUCAAUGCACGCCAAGCUCGAUGGUCUCUUUUUUUCUCACGUUUCAGGUUCAGUAUCACCUAUCGGCCGGGCUCUCGUAAUACCAAGGCUGACGCACUGUCAAGGGUACAUCAAGAAAUGGCAAACUCACAAUUAGAGACACCGGAACCCAUCCUUCCUCCUGAGGUAAAUGUCUCCUCUAUUCGAUGGCAGAUCGAUGAGGAGAUUGAAGCAGCUUUACCCCACGUCCAAGUACCCAUCCAGUGUCCCCCAGGUAAACUAUAUGUACCAGAACCUUUUAGAACCUCACUGAUCACAUGGGCUCAUUCCUCGUUAACCUCCGGACACCCUGGGGAGACUCGAACUUACAAGCUACUGGUCAAUAGAUAUUGGUGGGAGUCAAUGACCCAGGAUAUUCAUUCCUUUGUGUCUUCCUGUUCCACAUGUUCACAGUGCAAAAGGCCUAAAACAUUACCAGCCGGCAAAUUAAUGCCCUUGCCUAUACCCAACCGACCCUGGUCUCAUAUCGCUGUGGAUUUUGUCACAGAUUUACCUGAGUCACAAGGAUUCACGACAGUUCUGACAGUUAUAGACCGAUUCUCUAGGGGAGUUCGUUUUAUACCCUUUGCCACUAUUCCCAGUGCCUUUCAGACUGCAGAGACAUUGUUUCAUUAUGUAUUUCGAAUUUUCGGUAUCCCGGAGGAUAUCGUUUCAGACAGGAGGCCUCAAUUCACCUCCCAAGUAUGGGCCGCCUUUUUCGAGCACAUAGGGGUAUCCAUCAGUCUGUCAUCUGGAUAUCAUCCGCAAUCUAAUGGGCAAUGUGAGCGGGUAAAUUAGGAACUGGGGAAGUUUUUGAGACUUUUCUGCCAUGAUAACCCCUCUGAUUGGUCAAAGUUUUUAGUCUGGGCUGAAAUAGCACAAAAUUCAUUGACUAGCUCUGCUACUGGACUGACUCCUUUCCAGUGUAUUUUAGGUUAACAACCACCCUUAGCACCCUGGACUGGAUCACAAACGGACGUUCCAGCAGUGGAUGACUGGAUGACGCGUAGUGAACGAGUAUGGGAGGAGACUCACCAGCACAUUGAGACCAUCCUCCAAAGGCAGAAAGAACAGGCCGACAGACACAGAGGACAAACCCCUGUCUUUCAUCCUGGUGACAGAGUGUGGUUGGCUACGAAGGACUUUCGCCCUUCCGAGGGGAGCUGCCGGCCCUUGGAUGAGGCAACACCAGACAUCAUGCCACCACCACCGGAAGUGAUAGAGGGGGCCCCAGUCUACGCUGUCCGACGGCUGCUGGACUCCAGGAGACGGGGCAGGCUCCUUCAGUAUCUGGUGGACUGGGAGGGGUAUGGCCCCGAGGAACAAUGCUGGGUGCCAGCCAAAGACGUGUUGGACCCGGGCCUCAUCGCGGACUUUCAUAGUCAGCACCCUGAGAAGCCAGCUCCUCGUCCCCGAGGCCGUCCACGUAGGAGGCUUACCAGUUCACGUCCCGCCCGUCUGAGAGAUCGUCGCGGAGAGACUUCGCCUAUCCAGCGCCUCGGCAGCUCUGGUUCGGCCCCGGUUCGAGGAUCCGGUGGUGGGAGUGGUUGUCGUCCUGGUUGUCCUCGUGCCGAGGCCCACCCGGACUCUUUGGGGGGGGGUACUGUCACGCCUACGGCAUGCUCUCAUGAUACGGACUUCAUCUCUCAGAAUCCCAUGGGAGAUCAUGUGACUCGGCCAUCGAACGCGGACUCUGAUUACGACCAAGACUCCAUUGCCCAUGGUGCAGUAGGGGCUCACGUGACCAGUGACUCUCGCGAACGCUCCUAUCAGCGCUCACAAUCACCGGAAUACUAACUGCUUUCACCUGUGUGUAUUUUCAAGAGAUAGGGAACUAGUAGUAUUUAAGCCUGGGCUUUAGUUAGAUUUGUUGCGAGGUAUUGUUCUCUUGAGACUUACUGAGCGUUUCUAUUCUGAUUAUCUGACUUCCGUGUUUUUGACCACUGCUUUGUUUCACCUGUUUUUGUAUUUUGCUUCUUCCCUUUGGUACUGUUGCCUUUUCUGAUUGAUCCGUGUUUUUGACCUUUUUGCCUGUUUCACGACGACGAUUUUGCUCUGCCCUUUUGUACUGUUUGUUGUUGGUGACUAAAGUGUUCUCAACUUUCCAUCCGCACGCGUCUGGUUUCUGUUGAACUAUCACAGAUAGGAAAACCUACAAUACAGAAACUUUGAGUGAUCACUUCUUUCACUACUGCUUGAGAGCUUAAUCUAUUGUUGUAUAUUUGUUGUG